UGAGAGCAGUUGGCAGAAUUGGCGGUGGACGACGAGAGAGACAUUCGUGUGCGUGGUCCGGGUUUCGAUCAGACAAUUUUGCAGACGGCAUCGCGUUUUGGCCUCGAGGCAGAGAGAGAAAACGAUUGUUUUUUUGCAUUACAUCGAAAAUAAGGAUCGUAUCCGGUGUUGAGUAAGUUCGGAGAAUUAAUCGAGAAUAAAUAUCGUUCGGCAUAUUCGACUGGAAACGCGCGAGGAUUAUUACCAAAGUAUAUACACGGAGGGGGGAAAAUAGCGUUGGAUAUACAAGGCCGGUAUAACAACGAUCCGCGGAGGGAGGGGGUGGGCCCUCGACGCUAAACCCAAGGGUUUUUUCACCCUCGCAUUAUUAUUUUCUCCCUCCAUUUUCCUUGAUUCGUUGAUUCAUCAAGGACAAUAAACUCAGGACAAUUGGAAGGAGAUCGCGAGGGUUAUUUAUCGGUCUGUUUAUUAGCGCGAGAGUGAGAACUCUCGUCUUUCCGUGAGCCUAGCGUGUCCGCAGGCUGCCGGAGACGGAUGGAUUUGUAGAGUGAUAGAACGCGAGAAAGAGAGGCAGAGACAUAUAUACAGAGACAGAGAAAGAGAGAGACAAAUAAUUACGAGAUCCUCUUGAACGGGAAGUCUUCGCAAUAUAUUAUACAUAUAUAUACGUUUUCUCAAGAAACAUUCGAGCCUCUAACACGCCUCGAAAUACGUUACUGUUAACCGGCACGAAUAAGUUCAAACAAAAGACGGGUCAACGUCACACAGUAAAGACAGCACAAGUACCGCGGGAGAGGAAACUCGAGGGCGGGAAAAGGAAGAAAAAUUUCGCGACAAUCGCGAAUUUUUUUUCCUCAAUCCUCUACCACCUCUCCAUUCAUCAUGAAGCUCGUAGACCACGUGGUGCGGAGUUUCAAAGUGGCGAAAGUAUUUCGGGAGAAUUCCGACCGCAUAAACAGCAUCGAUUUUUCAACGAGUGGCGAUACGUUAAUAUCAUGCUCGGAGGACGAUCAAAUAGUGAUAUACGAUUGUGAGAAGGGCACGCAAAUGAGAACGGUCAAUUCGAAGAAAUACGGAGUCGAUCUCAUACACUUUACCCAUGCUAAAAACACUGCUAUACACAGCAGCACCAAGGUCGACGAUACGAUUAGAUAUUUGAGUUUACACGACAACAAGUACAUUAGAUAUUUUCCUGGACACACGAAAAAGGUUGUUUCCCUAUGCAUAAGUCCUGUGGAAGACACAUUUUUGUCCGGCUCAAUGGACAAAACCCUGAGACUUUGGGACCUCAGAUCACCCAAUUGUCAUGGUGUUAUGAACGUUUCCGGACGUCCUGUCGCUGCUUAUGAUCCGGAAGGACUCAUUUUUGCUGCCGGUGUCAAUUCCGAAUGUAUAAAACUCUACGACUUGCGCAGCUUUGACAAGGGCCCUUUUGUCACUUUCGCGCUGUCACAAGAAAAAGAAUGCGAUUGGACAGGCUUGAAAUUCAGCAAGGACGGAAAGACCAUUCUCAUCUCCACCAAUGGCAGUAUAAUUCGUCUCAUUGAUGCUUUCCAUGGCACGCCGUUACAAACGUUCACCGGUUACCUCAAUAACAAGGGCAUAGCGAUAGAAGCAAGUUUCAGUCCGGACUCCCAAUUUGUCUUCAGUGGCUCCACCGAUGGUCGAGUACACAUUUGGAACGCGGAUACUGGCUACAAAGUUUGUGUUCUCAACGGGGACCAUCCGGCCCCGGUUCAGUGUAUACAAUUCAAUCCAAAAUAUAUGAUGCUCGCAUCCGCAUGCACAAAUAUGGCAUUUUGGCUGCCGACCGUUGAGGACACUGCGUAAAUUCCUGACCACCGCUAAUUGACAAUGCGUCGCCACAGCGAUGGGAAAAUCAUUGGAACGUUAUCGUGUACUCAGAAACUCGAAUAACGAGGCUGAUACAGCGGAUAGCGGAGUUUUUGAUGUUAAUCCCAGACAUGGGGAAAGAAUACGAAAUUCCUAAAUAAAAUUAAUGAAAACUAAACAGUGUCAGCGGAGAAAUAAAAUACUGGAAUUAUCGACCAACCGUGGGUUAGUUUCCUGUAGUCAUCAUAAGAAAAAGGAAAAGCUAGCUCGAGGCAAACAAUACAACUCGAAUUCAUUUCCAGCAUCAUAGUCGGAAAACACUAAAACUGCUGCAAAACAACGAGAACUGAAAAAUCUUAGCUCGUCGUCGCACAGCUCGCGUGUUUUUGCAAUUUGAGCUACAUGAUAACGGAAGAGAAAAUAUUGGAAGUGAAAUUACGAGGCUCCAACAUAAAACGCUACACAAUAAACGAAGGAUUCUAAUUUACGAGACAACGAGAGGGCUUCCUAACCAUCGACACACAAUUCGCGCUCCAUUGAAGAGCGCCCUUAUGAUUUUACGGGACAACGGCACCACCUCUCAACUCGACCGGAAAGAGAUAAGAGAAUAAAAGAAAAAAGCAACGCGGCUAGAAGAAGAAGAAGAAGAAGAAGAAGAAGUAGAAGAAAGAAAAUAAAACGAAAAACAAACAAAAAGGGCGAGGACACUAACGACGUGAGCGAUCGUUGAAACAGUGAUGACCCGCGACUGUAUUUGAAAACUCGUUAAAUCGCUGUUCGAACAGCGCGUUUGUAUAUUUUCCUUUUUUUUCUUUCUACUUUGCCUCGCGGUGUUUCCAUCGAGAAUUAUCGGCAGUAGUCCAAAGGACCGAAGACCCGAGAUAAGAAAACAGGAAAGUAUUCAGACGUUGUUACGUGUCUGAAUUUGUCUUCUCUUUCCUGUUUUCUGUCUCGGUUAUUACGGGCCGCUAACGAGGGUGGUGAUAUGCGAGAAAAAUGGAGAAAAAAAAUAACGAUACAAAUAGAGAUGAUUCGUUGAGAAUAAUCGACAAAGUCAGACGACUAUUUGUGCGAAGAAUUCGCGCAUUAGAAAAUUCAUUAGCUUAUCGUAGUAGAAAGAAAAAUUCUAUUAUAAAUGGAAUACAAAAUAUUGAAAGAUCGUCUCACUUUUCACGAUUGUGUAUUUCCAAAACAAUUCUCGUUUACCAAUCGUAGUAGAAAGAAAAUUCUAUAACACGAAUAUAAAAUACCGAAUGAUCAACAAUUUCCACGAUUUUGCAUUUGCAAAAUGAAUGGAAAAAAAAUCAAAAUGGACUGACAAUGCAUCGUCUCUUUGUUUUUCAAACUGACAGGUUUUUCUCUCAACAUGACUUCCAAACUGUUUAUACAAAUUCGCACGGUAUCACCCUCGUUUGUGACUUAUCAUGGUUUUGUUUUAUAGCCACGAUGAACGUGACUAUUGUUAUUCGUCUCAAAGAAAAAAAAAGCACUCUCACAAGGACACACGACAGUGUAAAAAUCUUGUUCCUCCAUCGCGUCACAAUUUGCUAGCGCGUAAUUUUGUCACGUUCGAGGUUACGUUCGUACUUUUUUCCAUUUUGUUUUGUUUCUCUAAAAUACCGUUAGUAUUCAGAUGUGUCGUAUCACAACCGUGUACAUAGUACGUUUUUUUUUCUCUUCAUCCUUGUCGUACCUGCGUUUAGCAUUGUAUGGUAUAAUUUCCAAGUACUGUAACUCCUAUGAUUCUAAUAUUACUUACGAAAUAAUAACGUGUUCACAGGUUAAUGUAUACAAAUAUGUGGAAAAAAAAAUGUAUCAACAUUUGGCCGAGGAUCGGUUAGAAUCUCCGAGAUUUCAAACAUGUUGACAUUUUUUAUUCUUGACAUAUUUGGAUCCAUGAAAACCCAUCGCCACUACGAGACAUACGAUUUAUCGCUAUUACCGUUUUCUAUAUUAUUUUAUUUUUUAUUUUCAACGCCAGACCAACACGUUCGCGCAAAUGGCAGGGAGGUUAUAACCGCUCGAUCGUAAAGAAACGAGAUAAAACAAAGGUAGAAGCAGCAAAAGAAAUAUAUUCCUCAAGGAGGACCCACCGAACAUAAAAUCCUUGAUGAGCUUGUCGUAUUACGCAUCCUCUAUAACCUAAAAACAUCCACACACACACACACACACCCAUACAUACAUACAUACAUACAAAUUCGGGACACGAAUUUAUGCUUCCUUGAUUCUUCGAAUGACAACACCCACAAAUAUAUGUAUAAUUGUCUAUGCGAUGUGCAUAUUUAGCGUAAAAACUUCAUAAAACUCGUAAUACAACACGCUUUCUCGGAUGCUUCCCCGCGGCGAAAUGGAGAGCAUGCUUCUUACCUUUAUUUUUUAGUUGAAUUUUUUUUCCUUGGUUUCUUCUUUUUUUCAAUAAUCCACCUAUGUACAUUGAACACGAUAAGCGAAACUCUGCUCUCGUAUCCGAACUCUCUCCCAUUUUGUAAAUAAAAUACGGCACACACACCAUUACUAUAUAUUAAUAUUGGAAAGAAGAAAAAGAAACCACGAUAACAACAAAAAUUGUCAUUGCUGUUAGGUAAAUGACUACGAGUACGAAAUUUAAUCUUUUGUCGUUCGUUCACUAACGCUUGAACGUUUUUGUGAUUCGUGGAGAAAAAAAGCGCGUUUGUAUGGACGGUUAAUGGAUUCACGUGUGCAUUAUUGUAUACGAGAGAAUACUGUAAUUUAUAUAUAUUUUUAUAUUUAUAUAUAUUUAUAUAUAUAUUUCACAUUAAUAUAUAUGUAUUUAUAUAUAAAUAUAAAUUAUGUGGUAUUUGUGAAGGUGUAUGCUCCACGUGGAUGUUUUAGAUGCCACAGCAUAUCUAUGUCCGUGUGUGCGUACGCGCGUGUCUGUGAGGCACGAAAAAGAAAAAAAUUGGUGGGAAAAAAAAAUGAAAAAAUGUAGUUAUACUGAGAUAUGCGUGCGCCUGUAUGUAUGAGCGAGUGGUGAGAAUGAAUGUGUUUCUGUAAAAUAGUAUUUUUUAUAAAAUAUAAAGAAAAAAAAACAACACGAUGAUAACGAAAAGAAACAGUGUGUGAUGCGUUUGCAUUUUUCUUUCUCUCUCAUAUUCGAGUUUUGCGGUUGUCAGAUACGUUUUUCUGACCGGAAGUUUACCUAAUGACGAAGAUACAACAAGUUUUUUCCUCCCAAGCCAUGCUAGGAUUACGCUGGGGCGUGUUCGCAUUAGCCGUUAAAUCUCGCAUUAUUGACAAUAUUUUGACAAUUUUACCUCCCUCAUUUUUCAACAUUAUUUUCCGAAAACUUCAGUCUUUUUUCUCAUAUUUAUUCAAAAACAGUGCUGUAAUUAUUUAAAUGGGUUUUUUUUUACUGGUAGUGUCAAAUUGGAGGAGGUUUCAGUGUUUUGUCUUUUUUAUCGCUCAAACGAGGCACGUCUCGUACCCUCGUUAAUAAUUUGUCGAGUUCUUCCAAUAUACGUGGAGGUUAUAAUUGCGAUAUUGAAAAAUAAUGAAAAUAAAAUGAGUUUGUAAAUUAAUGUUUUGUAAAAAGUCUCGCCUUUGUGUUUAUAUAACUCGUCGAAUUUUGUCGUUACACUAAUCCAAAACUGUGAAAUUCGGAUCUUCAAGUUUUUUUCGUCAUCUCGAGCCUCGUGCAUUAUGCAUAACGCGGUUAUGGACGAUUUCCUGCCCUUCACUCUAACUCAUCUCUCGGUCAGUUAGGACUACGAUCCGAACGCGAUAUUUUUGACUAUACAGAAAUCCGUUAAAUAUUGUACGAGAUGCGAGCGAGUCUGUGCAUGUGAUUUCAAUGUUUUUCUUGUGUGGUCACGUAACCACAACACAGUUCACACGAUUUUGUGGCCGUGUAAAUGUGAAACGGAACACAACAUGCGCGCGCAAAGUUAAACGGGACAACAAAAGACGAAAACCAAAAAUUUGUCACGCGCACACCGAAACGAUUGAAUCCGAGUGAUUCAAUCUAAAUAUUGUAAUUUUCAUCAUUUUUUUUUUUUUUUUGUAAAUUUUGGUAACAAAGCAAACAGUGAUGCAAACGAAUGAGAGGAAGAAAAUAAAAUUCCAAGGAAUGUUUACUGUUCGAAUAAAACACACACACCAUUUUUAUAUA